AUGAUACCUAGACCUCCUGAUUUGGUGGCGAUUGAAGUGAAAUCGAAGAAGGAAGAUGCUGUGAAUCCACUUCCGCUUGUUGUUGAGGAGUCGGUAUUGAUUGCAGCGAGGAAUAAGGCAAAGGCAGCUAGUAAUGGAAAUGUUAAUCUGAAUUUACCUGGAAUUGGGAAACCAAAUUGGUUGCCUUUAGGUAUACCGGUUGUGUGUGAUUAUCCGGAAGUCUUUCCUGAAGAUCUUCCCGGAUUACCACCUGAUAGGCAAGUGGAGUUUCGUAUAGACUUGUUACCAGGAACAACACCGAUAGCAAAGGAACCUUACCGAUUAGCACCGACGGAGAUGAAGGAGCUCAUGACGCAACUUCAGGAGCUGUUGGACAACGACUACCGGGAGCUAAACAAACUCACUAUCAAGAACCGAUAUCCCCUACCCCGAAUCGAUGACCUCUUCGACCAACUCCAAGGAGCAAGCUACUUUUCAAAAAUCGACCUGAGGUCGGGUUAUCAUCAACUACGAGUUCAAGAAGAGGAUAUUCCCAAGACUGCGUUCAGAACUCGCUACGGGCACUAUGAGUUUGUGGUAAUGCCCUUCGGAUUAACGAACGCACCGGCAGUAUUUAUGGACCUGAUGAAUCGAGUGUGUCGACCCUACUUAGACAAAUUCGUGAUUGUGUUCAUCGACGAUAUUUUAAUCUACUCCCGAAGCGAGGAAGAGCACCGUCAACAUCUCCGGCUAAUCUUGGAAACACUGAGGGCUGAGAAGCUAUACGCCAAAUUCUCUAAAUGCGAAUUCUGGAUUAGAGAAGUGAAUUUUCUUGGCCAUGUGGUUAGCAAGAAGGGGAUACACGUGGAUCCCGCUAAAAUCAAAGCUAUCAAAAACUGGUCAGCACCUACAACGCCGACGGAAAUUCGACAAUUUUUAGGGCUCACCGGCUACUACCGAAGAUUCAUACAAAACUUCUCCAAGAUCGCCAAACCACUCACCACCCUGACUCAAAAAGGUGUGGUAUUUAAGUGGGGAGAUAAACAAGAAGCCGAUUUCCAGACAUUAAAACAAGCCCUAUGCAGCGCACCAGUUUUGUCUCUUCCAAAAGGAACUGAUGACUUCGUGGUAUAUUGCGAUUCUUCAAAUCAAGGCCUCGGAUGCGUGCUCAUGCAGAGAGGGAAAGUCAUCGCCUACGCGUCAAGACAACUUAAAACACACGAAGUUAAUUACACUACCCAUGACCUUGAACUGGGGGCGGUAGUGUUCGCCUUAAAAAUCUGGAGACACUACCUCUACGGCACAAAAUGCACCAUCUUCACCGAUCACAAAAGUCUUCAGCAUAUCCUCAAUCAAAAAGAGCUCAACAUGCGGCAACGGAGAUGGGUUGAACUGCUAAACGACUAUGAGUGCGAAAUUCGCUACCACCCGGGUAAGGCCAAUGUAGUGGCUGAUGCCCUAAGCAGGAAGGAAUACUUGCGAGACGUGGUCAUGAAUGAAGCACACAAGACUCGAUACUCCAUCCAUCCAGGGUCAGACAAGACGUAUCUAGACCUCAAAAAGUUAUACUGGUGGCCGAAUAUGAAAGCCGAGAUUGCUACUUAUGUGGGCAAGUGUCUGACUUGCGCCAAGGUCAAGGUGGAAUACCAGAAACCCUCAGGACUACUACAACAGCCUGAUAUACCGGAAUGGAAGUGGGAACGGAUAACCAUGGACUUCAUAACCAAGUUGCCUAAGACUUUAGGCGGGUUUGACACUAUAUGGGUAAUCGUAGACAGAUUGACCAAGUCUGCGCACUUCCUGCCAAUAAAGGAAACCGACAAGAUGGAGAAGUUAACCAGGAUAUACAUCAAGGAGAUUGUGCGACUGCAUGGUGUACCAAUAUCUAUUAUCUCAGACCGAGAUAGUAGGUUCACUUCGCGAUUUUGGCAGUCCCUGCAGAAAUCCUUGGGAACUAGGCUAGAGAUGAGUACGGCCUACCAUCCACAAACCGAAGGGCAAAGCGAGCGCACUAUACAAACCUUAGAAGACAUGUUGAGAGCAUGUGUGAUAGACUUUGGUAAAGCGUGGGAUACCCAUUUGCCGCUGAUUGAAUUCUCCUACAAUAACAGCUAUCACACCAGCAUUAAAGUCGCUCCAUUCGAAGCCCUCUACGGUCGCAAGUGCAGAUCACCCCUAUGUUGGGCUGAAGUGGGGGAUACUCAGAUAGCUAGGGGGCAAGUCCCUAAUAGCACCCUUACUGGUCUUGAAAUCAUAAGGGAGACCACAGAAAAGAUUGUUCAAAUCCGAGAAAGGCUGAAGGCCUCCCGAGAUCGGCAAAAGAGUUACGCGGAUAAGCGACGCAAACCUUUGGAAUUCCAGGUUGGUGAUCGAGUAUUACUAAAAGUUUCUCCUUGGAAAGGAAUGAUACGUUUCGGUAAACGUGGGAAACUAAACCCGAGGUACAUUGGACCGUUCGAAAUCCUCGCCAGGAUUGGUCCUGUGGCGUACAAACUUCGAUUACCUCAAGAACUCGAUAAGGUACAUCCCACCUUUCACAUUAUGGAUCGCGAGGUCAAAAGAACGAAACAAAGUCGUAUUCCCAUCGUGAAGGUUCGAUGGAACGCUAAACGAGGACCUGAGUUCACCUGGGAGCGCGAAGACCAAAUGAAACAAAAGUACCCGCAU